UCUGGAGUCCGGUGAGUUUGGAUUUGCUGGGACGUGCGAAUCUGAGCUGAAAUAGGGGAAGAGAAGAGAAAGAGAUAGCAAUGCUUCUACCGGCACUGGUACCAUGGUGUCCAUAUCCAUGGCGGCAUGGCACGAUGCCGACACUCACAGUGACUUCAAUUCCAAUGGGAAUUUUGAGAGGGAGAGGGAGAGGGAAGGAGGUUGUUGGUUGCAGAAUAAGGUGCAUGGCGAAUCCGAGGAGAGUGAAAAUGGUGGCCAAACAAAUAAGGAGGGAGCUUUCUGAUAUGCUCAUCACGGAUAAAGUCUUGCAGUAUGCUAUCCUUCCAGAAGCUUCCUUAGGAGCUGACCGCUACCUCUCUUCCCUCACCACCAUCACCGACGUCCAUGUCUCCGGUGAUUUGCAGGUGGUUAAGGUGUAUGUAUCCGUUUUUGGAGAUGAAAGAGGGAAGGAAGUAGCCAUUGCAGGCUUGAAGUCAAAGGCUAAAUACGUUCGCAGUGAGUUGGGGAAGCGUAUGAAGUUGCGCUUAACUCCUGAGAUACGCUUUAUAGAGGAUGAUUCUUUUGAGAAAGGGAGCAGGGUGAUUGCAAUAUUAGAUAAAAUAAAGAAUGAGAAGAGUCAAAACAAGGAGCAAUUCAAUUCUUCUGCGCAAGAAGAGGACGAUGAUUGGGAUGGUGAAGACCCUGAUGAAGGUAUCAUUUAUGUGGAAUAGCUGCCUCCCCCUGCUUCAGUACUGUGAUGGUUCCAUAUGGACGAUCUUUCAGUGUUGGUAGGUAUGCUUUAAUGAAUCUAUUUCAAGUGUUGCUUUAGAAAUCAUACUGGGAUGAUUCAUAUAAGUAUAGUUUGUCUCAAGCAUUUCUAUUAGGUAUGUAUAUAUGUAAAUCCAUAUAUAUUAAAAAUCUACUAGGCAGUUGGCUCUUGUAUCCCAAGUAUGGUUUACUUUUGGAUAUCAUGAAAAAAUUUUAACCACGUAUUCAAUCAUUAAAUUGAUUACUUAUGUGCAGUACAUGGAAUCACUUCAUUAAAAUGCUUUCUGGAAACUGGAAUGAUGUUGUUCUUUGUUCACAAGUGACUACAUUAUCUGAACACAAAGACCUUGGCAUGUCAACCCCAAGUGAUGUCGACCAAUUUUUGGGUUUACUCUCCUUGUGUUAUGUCCCAGGAUGUUAGUAUACAAUAGGACUUGCAGUAUACGUUUCUUUUCCUUGAUUCCUGUAAGUUGAUUUUAUAAUGUUUACAAUUGCUGUUUUGCUAUUUGAAUUUGGGUGUCUUGAACAAAGUACACCCAACGAGAUGCAUGUACAUGUGAAUGUGGUGAUUUUAUGAUGUUUCUUUCUUUUCAACUGGAUUUUGUUUGAUUUA